GCAUUGCGACUAACUCACUGAACUGGUGCAGAUGCAGAGGCAUUUCUCGUGCAGCUGAUCUUGUAUAUAGUAAAAUAGUUUAAUAUUAUUUCACGUGUAUCAGUGCUGAGUGGAAAGAGUUGAGAUUGAAGAUGAGGAAUUCAGUGUAUUUUGUCUUUUCGAUCGUGAUCUGUGUGGUGGUUAUUAUUAAUCAAGCAUCAGAUGCCAGUCCGGUUCCCAUCUUCUUCCCAAAACUCAGCAGGUUCAUCAAUGAUCUUGCCUACGGUGGAAAUUACUACCCUCAAUACUAUGGUGGUGGAUCAUAUGGAAGUUCCUAUGGUGGCAAUGGCUAUAGAAAUUCUUAUGCACCCCCCAAUCGCCCAGCUCAAGAUCGUCAGGCUCGAGGACGGACCUACUCAGAUAUUUGCCAAGUAUUUGGACGUCCGGGUAUCAAUACCGGAUCCGCCAGUGGCGUCUUCUGUCCCUACACCGGCUGAUGGAUAGAUUUUGGCGCCAAAAAUGUGCCAUCUUCGCACUUCAGUACCAUCUUCUUUUUAGCAUAUCUUCACCGUUUUUGUGUGAAUGUAUUCAGCUUUACAAUUGCAGAGUCCCAUAGAAAAACGGAUUGAUCUAGUGUAAAACAUAUAAAAUCUGUUACAUGAGAGGCAGUAAAGUGAACGAAAAAAUAUUACCAAGUUAAGAUUGCAACACUAUCCAGCAGCUUGCCAAUUUGUCACGGUGGAGCAUCAAUUGUAUUGGAAAUUGACUUUCCUGCAAAACACGCAUCUUCCGCAUUUUCAGUUCAGAACAUUAUGUCUUCUGAAGGUAGACAAGUUGCAUUUAUCAGCCAGCAUUUUCCCGUAUCUCGUGAUUUUUCAUGCCAAACCGGACAAAGAGAAUCCUUCUAUUUUAUUUUUAAUUGUAAAAAUUCUGCAUUAAGUAUAUAAUUAUUGUGAUAAAAGAAAAUAUAGUGGCAAAGAAAUAAA